GGCUUUAAUCACUUGAUUGUGUUCAGCCGUCCAUUUUAUUUUUGCCUGUGUUGCUCAAUCGUCCUCCUGCUUGAUUAUGGCAGCCACACAGAAUAUCACAAGCCCAUCUAUUUGUAUGGCAUUCCAUUCACAAUUUCCUCAGCUCUGAUGUUCCUUGAGCAAUUUUUCAGAGUAUUUAUCCUGUCAUUUCCAUUGCUAUUCACCCUGGGUCUUCUGCCUCAAGUCAACACGUUCCUCAUGUAUAUGCUGGAGCAAAUUGACAUGCAUAUCUUUGGUGGCAAUGCCACUACAUCUCUGCUGACCUCAUUCUAUUGUGUUUGCCGCAGUUGUUUUGCCUUGAUAGUUUUGUAUGGAUUUACUUUUGCAUCACUCAAGGAAAUUGGUGGAUCACACUACAAAUGUGGGACCAAAAUUGAUGAUGCAGCCCAGAAUGUGCCUUUCUCCAUUCUCUGUGGUCUGAUGGUCACGGUAGCUUACCAUCUCAGUAGAUCGGCUAGUGAUCCAGGAAUGCUUUGGGUGUUACUGAAGGGGCUGGUACUCAGAGGUAGCCAUAAGCAAGAGGAGAAGGCCAGAGGUGAAACCCAGGAACUUAUUGACCCUCUGCCAGAAAAGUUAAAAAACUGCUUGAAACAAAGGCUACAAUCAGAUGCCAUAGUGUGUAUCAUUGUCACCAUCUUAGUGUUUGCAGUACACGUCAGCACAGCUUUUACAAGUCCAGCCUUACAGCCUGUAUUGAGUGAUGUUCUCUACUUGAUAGCUGCAAGUGUGGGCUUCAUUGUCCACUACAUCAUCCCUCAGACAAGGAAAGAGAUGCCCUGGCUUUGCUGUUCACAUCCAUUGCUGCGCAGCAAAGAGUACAUGUAUUUUGAGGUCAAAGAGGCACCAAAGAUUAUAUGGAUUGAACGACUCUAUCUGGGCUUGAGGUUCUUCGAGCGCAAUGUUGUCUGUCCAGUUGUUUGCUUAUGUGCCACGACCACAUCUGCUCCAGCCAUUAUCUGCAAAUUUGGAAACUACGCUGGUCCAUUGAUUAUUCUCGUCUGCAGCCUGAAAAUGUUACGCUUUGCCUUCUCUGACACUCCAAGACAGUACCUCAUCAUUGCUUUCACAUACUUUUUCUUCAAGUAUGAUUUUCGAUGGUCAUCAGAAACGUUCCUGAUUGAUUACUUUUUUAUCUCCAUCUUAUUUUGUAAAUUUUGUGACCUCAUGCUGAAGCUGAAUUUCAUCAUCACAUACAUUGCACCCUGGCAGAUUACGUGGGGAUCCGCCUUUCAUGCCUUUGUCCAACCCUUCAGCGUUCCUCAUAGUGCCAUGUUGUUUCUGCAAGCUAUUGUUUCUGCCAUUUUUUCCACCCCUCUAAAUCCAUUUUUGGGAAGUGCAAUAUUUUUCACAUCAUAUGUGAGGCCAAUCAAGUUCUGGGAAAGAGACUAUAAUACCAAGCGAGUUGAUCAUACUAACACAAGACUGGCAUCUCAGCUUGAGAGAAAUCCAGGGGCUGAUGACAACAAUCUCAACUCCAUAUUUUAUGAGCAUCUGACCCGUUCCCUUCAGCACAGCUUGUGUGGGGACCUCUUGCUGGGUCGCUGGGGCAACUACACACAGGGAGACUGUUUCAUCAUGGCUUCAGACUAUUUGAAUGCUUUGGUGCAUAUCAUAGAGGUGGGGAAUGGGCUGGUCACAUUUCAGCUGCGAGGACUGGAGUUUAGAGGUACUUAUUGCCAACAGCGAGAGGUAGAAGCCAUAACAGAAGGAGUUGAUGAAAAUGAGCGGUUUUGUUGCUUUGAGCCCGGCCACCUGCCUCACUUUCUGUCACUGAAUGCUGCUUUCAGCCAGCGCUGGCUGGCCUGGGAGGUGGUGGUUUCCAAGUAUAUUCUGGAAGGAUACAGCAUUUCUGACAACAGUGCUGCCACCAUGUUGCAGGUGUUUGAGUUGCGCAAAGCUCUCAUUACCUAUUAUAUCAAGAGCAUCAUAUAUUAUAUGGUUCGGUCACCUCGACUGGAGGAGUGGGCAGAGAAUUGCACCAUUCGCCAGGCGCUGCAGGCUCUUGAAGAUGACACUUAUGUUGACCUGGACCCAACAUUUAAUCUCCACAUCGAUGAGGACUUUGAUUCCCGACUCCAGGGAAUCUCUCGUAACAGUUUCUGCCAGGUGUACCUUAGUUGGAUUCAGCAUUGUGCCCACCGCAGAGACAAGACUGUCAGCAGUAGCAAGUCGUCCAUGUUGGUUACCCUAUGCUACGCUCUCAGCUUGUUAGGUCGCCGUGCUCUGAGUGCGGCCUCUCAUAACUCAGCCAGUGUGGACUUCUUCUUGUUUGGGCUGCAUGCCCUCUUCAAGGGUGACUUCCGCAUCCAGUCACAGAGGGACGAGUGGGUGUUUGCGGACAUGGACAUGAUGAGGCGGGUGGUAGCCCCUGCGGUCAGAAUGUCUCUCAAGCUGCAUCAGGAUCACUUUACAUCUCCGGACGAGUACGACGACUGUCAAGUGUUGUACGAUGCUAUCACAGAACAUGAAAAUACGAUGGUCAUCUCCCAUGAAGCUGACCCUGCCUGGAGAAAUGCCGUACUGUCCAAUGUGCCGUCACUUUUGGCUUUGAGACAUGUGUUUGAUGAGGGCUCUGAUGAAUACAAAAUCAUCAUGUUAAACAAACGGUACCUCAGCUUCAGAGUGGUCAAGGUGAACCGUGAAUGUGUCAGAGGCCUGUGGGCAGGCCAGCAGCAAGAAUUAAUCUUCUUACGCAAUCGAAACCCAGAAAGAGGCAGCAUUCAGAAUGCCAAACAAGCCUUACGUAACAUGAUCAACUCUUCAUGCGACCAGCCUAUUGGCUACCCUAUCUAUGUCUCCCCUCUGACCACAUCCUACUCAACCACACAUGACCAGCUUGUGAGCAUCCCAGUCAUAGGAGGAGAGUUCCGGUUCAGUGCCAUAUACAGUUUCUUCAGCUCUUUGUGGAACAGGAUGCGACAGCGCUGUGAUGCCACCUGUGCUGGAGGGAGCGCAUCCUUUGAGCUGGACCUGCCUUACACAGUCAGUCACCAGAUGGCAGCUGCAACAAUAGGUUCUACUCCACGUCUGACUAUCAGCAACCCACAACAGAUAGAGAUCCCUCUGCAGCAGCUUGGCAACCGUGGCAGCCUUAUCUCAACCGCUUCUUCAGCAAGUAAAGUGAAUGCCCUCGCACCUUUAGCCAACCUCACAAACUUCAUUAGUGAAUCCACAUUCAGAGACAACCUUCCACAUCGAGUCACAAUUAUGGACACAAGCCUAGUCUAUGACUCCAUUAAUAUCAGCAAGAAGGCUGAUGUUCUAUGGCCCAAUGACGACUGGCGAGCAGCCGGAGGCAAGAGCGGCUGGAAAGAAUGGGCUCCUAGAAAAGGCAUGGAGGGCACGGUGGUUCAUCGCUGGACCCCAGGCAACUCAGACCCCAGUAAGCGGUCUCACACUGACAAGACGAUCGUACUGGUGCAGCUCAAGGAUCAUUUUGUUCCCAUAGCUGAAAAUGGAGUGUUGGAUUUAGGAGCUGAGGUGUGA